AUGGAGCUAAAAAAACACCAACAGCCACAUGCAGUACUGAUACCACUUCCUUUUCAAGGCCAUAUAAAUCCAUUCACACAUCUUGCCAUGAAGCUUGCCUCAAAAGGUUUUACCAUCACCUUUGUCAACACAGAAUCAACUCACCAGCAGAUAGCUAAAGCUCAGUCUCUUAAACAUGACGACAACCCUUUCUCCCAUGCAGAGGAAUCUGGUCUUGACAUUCGUUAUGCUAAAAUCAACGAUGGUUUUCCACUGAAUUUUGACAGGAGGGCCAAUGCGAGCCAGAUCACGGAAGGUCUCUCUCAUGUUUUCCAAGCUCAUGUCGAUGAUUUCAUUGAAAAUCUAGUCCUCUCGAAAUCAAAUCCACCAAAUUCUUGUAUAAUAGCUGACAGCUUCCACGUAUGGGGAUCAACGAUUGCCAAGAAAUAUAAUCUUGUCAAUGUCUCAUUUUGGACUGAACCAGCAACAGUGCUUACAGCUUUCUAUAACACCGACCUGCUUAAGAUUAAUGGCCACUUGGGCGUCAUGUACGAUGACACCAUUAGCUACAUACCAGGAAUCCAAGCCAUUAAACCAGAAGAUUUACCUUCAUAUUGUCAAGUUGAUGAUCCAAAAGCGAGUAAAUACGUGUUCAAGUGUAUUGAAGAUGCACAGAAAGCGGACUUUGCCAUUGGUAAUAAAGUGCAAGAGCUAGAGUCUUCAACCAUCUCGGCCUUACAAGAGCAGCAGCCAUUGAGAAAGAAACAUUUUGCCUCUCGGAUUUGAAGAAGAAACUGCAGAUAGAGGAUUGGUUGUGCCAUGGUGCUCUCAAUUAGUAGUACUAUCACAUCCAGAAGUUGGAGGAUUUUUGACUCACUGUGGGUGGAAUUCAAUCUUGGAGAGCAUAUGGUGUAAAGUUCCAAUGGUGUGCUUUCCUGUUUUGGCGGAUCAACUUACUAGCAGGAAAUUAAUUGUUGAUGAUUGGAGGAUCGGUGUGAAUCUUUGCACUAGAGGAUUGAUCAGGAGGGAAGUAGUAGCGGAGAAUAUUAGAAAGAUAAUGAGUAAAUCAGAUGAAUUGAGGGAAAAUAUAGAGAAAACAAAGAUGAUACUUCAAGAUGCACUUUCUGAUGAGGGUUCUUCAGAGAAGAAUCUCAACCAAUUCAUACAAGACAUAAAGAACAAGAUUCUUCAGAAAAAUUGAGCUUGCUAUCACAUUCUCACUUACCAAUUACAAUUCCGCAAAGCCAGAACAUAGCAAGUGAUGUAUUUUUUUUUUUUUUGAAGUAACUUAGCAAGUGAGGUAUUAGUUCUAUGAUGUUUCGGAGUGAAUAACAGAAAAAGACAUACAUUUACUAGUAUGCCGUAAACUAGUCUGGUCAGCUAUAUGAAUCCUCGCUAUUUAUCCUGUUCCAUUUGAACCAGUUGAAUAAUGACAUGGCAUAAUUGCAAAAGAUUUGCUUAGCAGAUAUAUUUACACCAAACAUAUUGCAUGUCAAUAUCCUCUAUAUCCCAAGUUCAAUUGCCUGAUAAUGACAACAGAAACUACGUCUCAG